UUCUUCAAACGUUCUUCAAAUCUUCAAACUUUCUUCAAGUUUUUUCCAGCUUUUUCUUGAAAUAUGAGUGAAGAACAUCAAGAAGCUCCUGUUAGUGAGGAGGGGCCAGUCCCAGUCCUGAGAUGGGACUUAGGUUUAUUCGAACAGAUCGUUCGAAGUUUUAGGUUUCCACCGGAGUGGGAUGCCCGGUACCCUGCCCAGGGUCAGACCGCGGCUGAUGCCCCACCCGGUUACAUUACUUUGUUCGAAGACUUCUUCCUUCAAGGAAACUUCCGGCUGCCGGCGACUAACUUCUUUGGUAGCAUAUUGUCCUACUACAAGUUUCAUAUUUCGCAGUUAAGCCCACCUGGGAUGGUGAGGGUGAGGCACUUUGAGUUCUUGUGUCAAUCUCACGGCAUUGAGCCGACGGUGAAUAAGUUUCGUGUCUUCUAUCAACUGCAAAGAACAAUGGGGUUCUUUUCUUUUGCUAGCCGUGGUACGGCUAAGAAGAUUUUGUUGAAUCCUCCCAAGAGUUUCCACGACUGGAAACCCAAGUUCUUCUUCAUCCGGGAGGAAGUCUUGCCAAUAGCUAUGCCGUUUAGGGAAUGGACCGAGGUUAUACCAAAGGAGGACCUUCCUAUACCGAAGUCUGCUCAGUGGUAUCAGCAGCUUACCGCAACCCCUAACCGGGUAUUUGGGGAGAAUGUUCUGGUUGCUGCCAAGAUGAGUGACCAGUGGUCACCUAGUAGCAGGGAACUCCCGGUCUUGAAGAUCGGGGAUCAAGAGACGCAACUCUAUCAGGCUGCCUUCCCAGCCUUUGGUGGCUCCAUGGGCGUUCGCCCUCUGCGCGAUGAUGAGGAAGGCUGGUAUGACCAGAUAAAAGGGAACUUCAUGUUUCCUCCUGCUGACGCCUUCGCCUCGCCGCCGGAUGCAACUGAAGGUGUGUUGCGCGAUCUGGGGGUUGACCCAGAGGAGAAGAAGAAGAAACCUUCGAAGAAGAAAAAGAAGGCGGAUGUUGAAGUGACCAGCAAGGGUCCUGGCGCCAGUCGCGCAACUACUGCUGCUGUCAAAGCUAUGGGAAAGACUGGCGCUGGUGGGUCAAAGGGCUCUGGGAGCGCGGGUUCUCGUAACCCGGAUGCUGACGCAACUCCAUCUCAACCUGAGGAUGAAGAAGAAGAGGAAGAAGAGACUGCCCCGUUGAUUGGAAGAAAGAGGGGUAGAAGCGAGGCGACAACUGGUAUGGCCUCUGCGCCUGUUUCAGUUGUUAUUCCCGUUGUUGGGAAGAAGAGCAAGUUGCGCUCGUUAUACCAGUUUUCUCCUGAGAUCAAGAAGAAGACCCCUGAAAAGGGGGUUAAGUUUGUUGAACCCAGCACGAAAAGACCUAAGGUUGCCACUGAACCUUCCGAUUCUGCUGCGCGUGAUGCUGCGAAAACUGCUGAAGCGCAGCGAAAGGCAGAAGAGGAUCGGAGGAAAGAAGAGAGUAGGAUUGCUGCGCAGAAGAAGGCUGAAGAGCGAAAGCGCAAAGAAGAGGAAGAGAAAAAGAGGAAGGAGGAGGAGGAGAGAAAACUGGAGGCGGAGAGGAAGAGGAAAGCGGAAGAGGAGAGAAAGCUGAGGGAGGAGGCGGAUAGGCAGAGGAAGGCGGAAGAGGCGAGGAAAGAAAGAGCUGCCGAUCAGUCUUCUGUUCAAGGGCAGUCUGGUGUCCCAAAACCUCCCCCUGCUGCGCCGAUUGUUACCUCUAAGGGGUUAGGGCGCUAUGUGUCUAGUGGUGCAAGCUCUGGAGGAGCUGGGGGCUAUAACCCCAAUGUGAUAGGUGCGAAGGAUACUGUCGGGGACAUAUAUUAUAAAACUUAUACUGAAGAGGAACGUGGUGAUGCUCCUCAUCAAGCCCCUUGGAGCUUAAGGCAGAAGGAUACAUUUGUUGAAUUUGGUCCUUCUCGCGAUUGGUACUUGAACCAAUUCACUCCUGGCGAAGUUAACCGUCAAAAGGCGAAGCCGCAUGAAAUGUUGUAUCGCACUUACAUUCUUGCCGAGGCCAACGCUCGAUCUGCUAACCAUCAGAUAGUUCGUGAAUGGCGAACAAUGGUCAGAGAGCGCGCCGACUGGGAGGCUUACCGAGAACGUGUGCUAAAACGUGUUGGUGAAUUUGAGAAGGCUAAGGCCACAUUUGAUGAGGAGAAAGCCAAGUUUGAGGCUGAUAGGAAAGCUGAAGAGUGGGGUCGCGAGGGCCUGCAAAAGAAACUUCAUAAUGUGGAAGAGCAACUGGCCAAGGAGAAGGCCGAGUUCAAGCGUAUAUGCGCUCAAGACAACGAGCGUACUUAUGCUCUACGCCAGAAGAUCGUUGGUCUUGAGGCUACAGUUGCGGACUUGACCUCAAAGGUGGAGGAAGCGCAGGGUGAAAAAACUGCCAAGCAGCAGAUGGAGGUUGAGCUGACUGAAGCCAAGGUGCAAUUGUCUAACAAGGACAAGGAUCUCCAUGCCAAGGACGUUGAGAUAGCGGAACUCAAGCGUCGCUUGAAUGAGCAAAUCGACAGAUGCGAGUCUUUGGAGAUUGACCUUGAGGCUGAGAAGGUCAAGGCCACCGAUGCUGAGGAGGCGCGUGCUGUCAGCACUGCGGCGCUUAACGUGGCUCAGACAAAUUAUUCUGAGGCCCAAGGCAUUGUGGACACGCUUGUUUCUGAAGCAGAAUGGAUGCGCACUCGGGGAAUAGUGCUGGUUGCCAACUCCAUCCUAAACGCCGGCGAGCUAGAUCGCGCUGUUGCUGCUCUUACGGAUGCGGCGCGUGCAGUUGGUCAUCGAGGAGGUUACCUGGAGUGUGCUGAUCACGUUGAGCGAAUGCUGGGACAAGAAUUCGAUACAAGUCAUUGCUCAGUGACGGAACAAGCUGAUGCUGCGCUGGCCAGUGCUGAGAACUCAUAUGACAACCUCUCCUUGCCCAUCAUGGACUUGGUUGUUAGUGCCUUAAAAAAGGAUGAUUGGUGUCAGCGCCUCAAGGCGAUCCUUGAUCCACCGAUUACUGUUGAAUCAUCUGAUGAGGAAGCAGCUGGUGAUGAUGGCGGAGGUGAUGACGAUGGCGACGAUGGUGAAGGGAACGAAGAUGAUGAUGGUGAGAAGAAAGAAGACAAAUAGAGUAGGUUGUUAGUUUGUUGAUAGGCGUUUGUGCCUUUGUUUCUGACUUGAUUGUAAGUGAUGCGCUUUUGCGCAGUUUUAAUGACAAUGAAAUGACUUCGUUUUUUCUGUUGCAAUUAUUGCAUUGCUGUAAAAACUUAGGUUAAAUUAGCUCGAAUAAAUGGAAGCGUUAUCUAAGUAUAAGGUGGCCACCCGGUCUCGCGCUUUGUUUGCGGAGGACCUUGGAGGUGGUUUUGAACCAUCUCAAAAUGCUGGAGUGUUUUCGCGCUAAUCAGAAGUUUAACAUGCAUUUGUAACGAAAAAA